AUGUCAAAUGUCCCCAUUCACCUCCCCUUGCCCCCUUUAUUGCCAUUUACCAUGUCGGUUGAAGAAGGUACACACAAGCUCCCCGAUGGGCUUGAAGCCUACACCAAGACCUGGAAGUCAGAUGGACAGCCGCGCGCUAUAAUCGCAUUUAUUCACGGCUUCAGCGAUCACUGUAAUGCCUAUUAUGAGCUAUUUCCAACCCUCGCAUCAUCUGGUAUUGAGAUCAGAGCUUUUGACCAGCGGGGCUGGGGACGUACCUUCAAAACGCCUAAGGAACGCGGCAAUACCGGCGGUACAGACGUCGUGCUUGCAGACAUUCACUCGUUCCUGCUCAGCAUUGUCCCCCAUGCAGCAGCCUCAAACACACCACUCUUCCUAAUGGGCCACAGCAUGGGCGGCGGCGAGGUUCUCAACUAUGUCCUGCACCCUGAUUCGCCGUACUACCAGGCCUCGCCGCGGCCCAAACUGGCUGGUCUUCUGGCCUACUCACCGCUGGUCGCACUGCAUCCCUCGACACGCCCGUUCAGGAUCACCGUGGCCGCAGGCCGACUGACGGCGCGGCUCUUCCCACGGAUGCAGCGAGCGUCGCCGAUCGACCCGACGAUUGUCUCGCGGGAUCCGCAGGUGGCCACGGACUACGUGAAUGACGAGUUGAGCCACGACAUCGGGACGUUUGGGGGACUGGCAGGGAUGUUGGAUCGAGGGCUGUGGCUGGAGAAACUUAGUCAGGGGGACGUGAAGGGCAUGGAGCUUUUGCCCAUGUGGUUCGCGCAUGGCGAUGCGGAUCAGGUUACCAGCUGGGACGCAACGAAGCGGUUGGCUGGGUUGCUUGGGUCGAAGGGCGACGUAGUCUUUUGCUCAUACGACGGAGGCUAUCAUAGACUGAGUGCGGAUCUGAAAGAGACUACGGAUAAGUUCGUGAAGGAUCUACUGGACUGGAUCCUCGCUAGAUCUCCUUUGGAUGGAAACAAGGCAAAGCUGUGA